ACUUGCCCCGAAACAUUUCGCCGUCCCGUCUCCUUCUCCUGCUCCUCCUCCCGCCUCCCGCGCGCCCCCCUCCUCGCCCCCGCGAGGCCGAGGGGAUCGUCCGGCCGACCGGAGCCCUGGUCGACUCCGGUGGGCGCCCGCUCUCCGCGCCCCUCGGCUCCGCGCCUGGCUUUCGCCCCCUGCCCCGAGGCCGGCUCGCCGCCGGCGGAUCCGUCGCCGGAGCUAGGGUUUCGCGGCAUCGGGCGUCGCCGCCGCCGAGAUCUAGGGUUUCGAGCUCAGGAGCGGAGUAGGAUUCGUGGAUUAGGUUUUGCGGUUCCGUUCCCGAAUCCGCGCUUGAUCCGCCGCCGCCCCUGACUCUUUAUUCGAGCCGCGGUCAAAAAAGAGCGUCACUUCGCCAUCGCCGCCCUCCAGUGCUGCGCGAAGGCAGGGAAAGGUGUAGGUUUCCUAGGGCUAGAUCAAUAUUGAACCUGAUAGCUACCACUGCUGACGAAUAUCACAAAAUCAUGAAAGCUCCCCAGCAGCACCGUAAACCAACUGAUACAGAAGCAAAGGUCAAACAUGGUGGCGAUAAGUUGCAUUGCCUGAAGCCAGGGAAAUAUACCAACAAGUCAUCAGGCAAUAUAGGGGCAAAGUGCAGAAGAGAAGAUGGUCAAUUGUUUACCGGCAGUAAGAUUGCACUGAAGGGUGGUAGCUUUAUGGAAGUACCAUUUAGCAAUUCGACAAACUUAUCUGCUCAACCACCAAAUUAUUCUAAAAAGAUGAAGCUUCAGUUUUUCCCAAUAGAUGAGGCGAUUCAAAAGGUUCUACAGCAGGAGAAACACAAUCCUUACCUGGAGUUGACCUUGGCUCCUCGAAAGAAGAUGUCCUCAAUUGUGCAACAUUUGAACACAAAAUGGGGCCGUUCCAGCUGUGCAAAAGGCGAGCUCAUGCUCUUCCCAUAUGGUGCUAGACCGGAUAGCUUAGUUGGCAGUGAAAAAUGGACUGUUAAUGAUUCUUGCACUGCUGCUGAUGUUUAUGUUGCUGUUGGCAGCCCUUCAACAUUUCGCUUAAGGUAUGGAUGGUUUGAGCAACAAAGCAGCGAAGAAUCUUUGGCACCCGUGCACUCUGCAGAAAAGACCAUCGGUGACAAACCUUCAGAUCAUUUUGUGUUUCCAAACAAACCUUCAGAUCCUUUUGAGUUUCCAAACAAACCUUUAGAUCCUUUUGAGUUUCCAAACAAACCUUCAGAUCCUUUUGAGUUUCCAAGCAAACAUUCAGAUCCUUUUGAGUUUCCAAGUAAAUUUACCAGUCCAUCCGAUGUGUGUAACACAGAACAGACUGUGGUGGAUAACCAAAGCAAAGUGACGCCUCUCUCAUGGAUAGACUGCAUAUCCAAUAUCAGUUUCGGAGCACUCUUAUCACAGGCUGUACCCUCUCAAGACAGUAAACAACCGCCUUUGCAAAAUAGCUCGAUUCUCCAGCAGAUUCCUGCUACGUGCGAUUCAUUUGAUGCUGCUAUUGCCUCCUUGAUUGCUCACCAGCAAACAAGUAACCAACCGAAGGUCUCAAAUCCAUCUGUUUGGGAUGCAGAAGAAACUUGUCAUGCAUUUCCCCGGAAUCAAACUUCAGCCAGGAUGUUCUCUUCAGCUCAUGGCAACAGUAGUGCUAUUACCUCGUCUAUCCUGGGUGCAAUUCCUGAGUCUGAUACAGAUGGCAACCAGCGUUGUUCUACUGAAGGCAGGAAAGAGGAAUCAACCCCUCAGAUACCAGGCUUGGGCAAUAAUGAUAACGUGAAGCCAGAUGAGCCAAUGCCUGAAUCGACCAGUGAGCCAGAGCUUGGGGCAUUUGACUCUAGGCUUUUGAGUGGGACCGACAGUUUAGGUCUAAGCGGCUUGCUAGCAAACAGCUUGGAUGCAUUUCCGAAGUUCACUGUUUCGUAAGGCUCAGAAAUUUACAUCGAAGACCUGAAGUUAUAGAUCCUGUAAAGAUCACCGUUUGGUUUCUUGCUUCAAGAACCAAUUACUUUUGGGCUUACUGAAGCUGGUCGUGUAGAUAAUCAGUUAACGGCCCAUCUUAGUCGCAUAAACUUAUUUCUUGCUGAUCGCUCGCUCCUUGCGAGAACUCUGUAUUUUCAAAAUUGUCCAUAAUCUGCUCGGCUGCUUACUAUUUUCUGUGCAUCCUGUAUUUCGUCAAAUGUUUUACAAACAGAUAUUCUCUUUGAAACUUUGGACUUGAAUAUUUUUAUGUAAAA